UAAAAAUAUAAUCAAACACUACCUCGUAUCCACACAAGUCGAACCAGAGCAACCAUACAUUUAUGGAGGCCUGCCCUCUCUGGGCUAAAACCAAGAAGACAACACUGUUAUUAGCAGUUGAAUCUGCCGAAAACUGAACAAAAUUGAAUUGAAAAUGGUUCUGGGAGUCAUACAAAGCCCACCUCCUCAGAUCGUGACCUCCAAGCCCGCCAAUCAUUACAACCUUCUUCUGCAGCAUUUGAAUGAAUGCAAGGACAUGUCACAGCUCAAGCAAAUCCACGCUCUCUCUCUACGUUCCACCUUGCCAAACCACUCAACCACUCUCUUUCUCUACAGUCGAAUUCUCCAUUUCUCUUCCCUCCAUGAUCUUAACUACGCUUAUCGAGUGUUCGAUCAAGUUGACAACCCUAAUUCAUUUAUGUGGAACAUUCUUAUCAGAGCCUGUGCACAAAGCCAAAGCGUUCAUCUUAAACGAGAAGCUAUUUUGCUGUAUAACACUAUGCUACAGCGAUCAUCACCCUUCCCCGAUAACCACACCUUCCCCUUCGUUUUAAAGGCUUGCGCAUAUUUGUUUGCUUUGUUUGAAGGGAAACAAGCACACGCCCACUUGUUAAAACUUGGGUUUCAAUCUGAUGUUUAUAUAAAUAACAGCCUCAUUCAUUUCUAUGCUUCCUGCGGUAGUUUGGAGUCCGCAAAGAAUGUGUUUGAUAAAAUGCCGCAGAGAAGUUUGGUUUCAUGGAAUGCUAUGAUUGACGCGUUUGUUCUGUUUGGUGAGUUUGAAACUGCUUUGCAAUUGUUUGUUCAGUUUCAGCAGCAGUUCUUUGAGCCAGACGGGUAUACAAUUCAGAGUGUUAUAAAUGCUUGUGCUGGCCUGUGUGCUUUGUCUCUGGGGAUGUGGGCUCAUGCUUUUUUGUUGAGAAACUGUGGUGUUUCUGUAGCUAGAGAUCAUGUUUUGGUUAACAAUUCUUUGUUGGAUAUGUAUUGCAAAUGUGGGUCGUUGGAUAUUGCUACGCAGAUCUUUGAGGGGAUGCAAAAGCACGAUGUAACUUCAUGGAAUUCAAUGAUUUUAGGAUUUGCCAUGCAUGGAAAAGGUGAGUUAGCAUUGGAGUGUUUUGAACGCAUGAUUAGGAUAUCGAGAUUUGUUCCGAAUUCUAUCACUUUUGUUGGGGUUUUGAGCGCGUGUAACCACAGGUAUAUGGUUAAUGAGGGCCGCAAGUAUUUUGACAUGAUGGUUAACGAAUACAAGAUAGAACCUCAAUUAGAACACUACGGAUGCCUAGUCGAUAUCCUGGCCCGUGCUGGUUUGAUUGAUGAAGCUUUGGAAUUGGUUUCAAGCAUGCCCAUGAAACCAGAUGUUGUUAUAUGGAGGAGUCUCCUUGAUUCCUGUUGCAAGAGAAAUGCAAGCGUUGAGCUAAGUGAAAAUAUAGCUAGGCAGAUCCUUGAGUCAGAACAAGGUGAUUCUAGUGGAGUUUAUGUGCUCUUAUCCAGAGUCUAUGCAUCGGCUAGCAGGUGGAAUGAUGUUGGCUUGGUUAGAAAAUUGAUGACUAACAAUGGCAUAUUAAAAGAGCCUGGCUGUAGUUUGAUUGAGGUAGAUGGUGUUACCCACGAAUUUUUUGCUGGGGACACCUCUCAUCCACAAACUAAAGAAAUAUAUCAGGUUUUGAAUGUUGUUGAAGAAAGGUUAGAUUCAACAGGGUAUAAACCUGACUAUUCGCAAGCACCUAUGGUUGAUGAGCUGAACACUAGCAAGCGAGACAGUCUUAGGCUGCACAGCGAGAGACUUGCCAUUGCUUUGGGGCUUUUAAACUUGAAACCAGGAAUGCCAAUACGUAUUUUCAAGAACCUUCGGGUCUGUGAUGACUGCCACAAGGUCACUGGAUUAAUUUCUGAAAUCUUCAAUGUGGAGAUUAUUGUGAGAGAUCGCGUUCGAUUCCAUCACUUUAAAGACGGUUCCUGUUCAUGCAUGGAUUAUUGGUGAUGGUAUUUAGAGCCAUUGCUCUGCUCAUGCAAGGUCCAUCUUAAUUAGAGCAUUCAGAAAGUGGCUGUGUGAUAUACUUUUACACAUUAUCUCAGUUUUUGUACAUUAAUUUAAAGGUCUGUUAUGCCAACAAGAGUGACUCUCAUUCAGCUGGGGACCUGUAGAAAGGGAUUGAAUGCCGCAGAAAAUGUUUCCAACAA